AUGAAUGAGAAUAUAUGCAAGGAUUGUAAAAUGACAUUUGAAUUAAGUGAAUAAUUAGCUAACCAUAUUAAAAGAUUUUGUGUUAAUUCUGAAUAUGUUAAUUUAAAUAAAUUGGAACAGAAACAUGAAUAUGCUACAAAAUCUGCAUAUCCAGAAAUGAAACCUAAUCUAAAAUAAUAGGAUCCAUCAUCACUUAAGAAUUAUGGUGGAUACACAUUAGACUAAAUCAGAUCUAAUCUCAAAACUAAUGAUGGUGAUUUUAAAAGAUUAGAAAAUGCGGUUCUGAGAAAGAAAGAGGAUGAAUUUAUUGAUUAAAUUGAUAGACUAAAAGUAGUUAAUGAUUAAGAUGAACACAUCUAUUCAAUACUGUUACAAGAAGUAGAAUUAAAGAAGGGGAGAGAAUUUUAAUGUAGAAUUGAAAAAAAACAAAUACGUAAAUUGAUCAAUGAGAUGGACUCAUGGAAGAUGUCUGUAUUGGAAGAGUAAAAGAAAUAAAUGCUUGAUAAACUCCUAUUAGAAAGAAAGGAUUUGAAAAAUAAAUAAUUAUAAUUAAUAGUCGAUAUCAGAUCAUUUACAAGAGGACACAAGACAUUGUUUUCAAUGGAAUAGGCAUAAAGGGCUACUGAUAAUAGAAUAAUAGCAUCAACCUAAUAUUCAGAUGCAAAAUUAUAAUUAGUUAAAUUACAUACUAGAUUAAAAUAUAUGGAUGUUGAGUGA